AUGGCUACCACUAAAGGCGAAUGCAAAUGGCGGUUGUUAUUGUUCGUGGAAUUGCAAUAAUUACGAAGAUUUUUUUACAAAAUAAACAACAAAAACACUACUCUAAAGAAAUACCAAUAGGCUUAAAAUCAAGUAAAAAUAUUCUGUUAACUGCUUGUAUAGUUAUAAACUUUUUACUCGCUCCUACGUCGGUUAAAUCAACGCCACAAAAAUUUGUCCAAACGCAAACUGUGACAAGAAAAAUAUUCAGCGCCAGUGAAAAGCAAUAUUAUUCAUUUUCAAUGCAUGAAAUGAACAACUGUGACACCACAAUAAUUCACUCCAAGCUGUGAAAAGUGCAUUAUACAAUUUGCAAAUAGGGAUGCGUCCAAAUUCAAGCAAUCAUCUGCAUUGAAAAACGUUGGAAAAACUCUCAACCAUAAAUCCAAUUCAGCCAGCAUAGGAGCGCCCAACUACUGCCCGCCUUCACCCGCACUCCACGUUGUCUUUAAAUCGGAAAAAAACGCGUCGAAAAGGAAACAAGAUGCAGAGGUUAAAGUUAAAUAAAACAAAGUAAUAAGUAAUGUUAUGCUCCUUUUAUGUAUGUGCAUACAUAUGUAUAUAUGCAGGCAGAAGUGCUGACAAAGACAAAAAUAACAACAACGGCGUUUCAGUUACAGUUUAACUGCAUAACGUGAGCAAAGAAAAAAAAACAAUACAGUGUGGCAAGGCGGUAAAAAGUGUUGGACCUGUGUUUUCGUGUCAUAAUUUAUGAUAUUAAUAACAACAACGACUAGAAGCUCACAAUAGUGAAAAAUGUGCGCAAAGAAAAGAUGCAAUUGUUUAAAUGCAAAAGACGAUUUGAUGCGCAUCUUAUAAUCUGGAAUACAAAUACGAAUUUAUCCAUUACCCACGAUGAUGAUUUUGAUACGCAUCCGUGUUUAUAAAAAUAGUUAUAGCAAAAAUUGUGUGUGCAUGUGCUAAAUGCAAAAUUUGUGCAACACUUUACCAAUUAAAUCUACGACGGGUACGAUUGCCGUGUGAUGAUAUGCCACUUAAACAGCAGCUUGAACCGUCUGUGCGGAUAUCGGUGUCGCUCCCGUGGGAGGCAGCACUACGACUGCGUCAACUGGCCGUCGAGGGCAAUCCCACCUUGCGUGCGCUCGGGAUUCUUUCCGUGCAGCCUGAAGGCGAUUCUGUGAUAGCUUUAAAAGUUGGAGGACAAGAUAUUAAAAUAACAAAAGAUAAUUCAAACGAUGUCGCAAGCGGUGCACUUGAGGCGGCUGGCACGUCUUCCAACAAAGCCGCUCACGUCGUUGGCGCUGCCAACUUGGCGACAACGCAUUUGGUGGCACCAAGUUUCGAUGGUCCCAGUACAAGCAAAGCGGCCUAUGUGCAGCAACAUCAGCGACUCACGCAACUGCCGCAGAACGAUGCAAUCUCAAGCCAGCAGCAAUUACAGCAGCAACGGCGAAAUGUACUACCACAGCAGAAAUUAAUACAGCAGUCGCUGCCGCCGCCGCAGACUCCACCUUCGCCGUACAGUAAUGCAUCUACGACUCCGCCUGUUUUUAAGUCACCCAACACGGUUUGUCCAAUGGAAGGCAAGGUGCCACUGCUGCCUUCUCCUGCAGGUACACUUAAUGUGCCAAGAGAUUUCCCAUUCGAAAGUAUGCGACAGGCACGUGUCCUGCAGGGCAGGGAUACAGCUGCAACCACAGGUGGCAUGAACACUCUUGGUCCACCGCCUCCGCCUCCAAUUGCUACACUCAAUCUGUUGAACAAUCAAUCAGCGCAAAAUGGCGAGGUUAUUGCGACGACAAUUGUGGCGGGAACCCCCAAUAAAUCUCAGUUCAUAAAUCCGCCUCCGCCAUAUCCCGGUCUUGGUCCUAGUACAGGCACGAGCUCAAGUUUGACUGCCUCUAACAGUAACAAUCCAGCAGCUGUUGCACCAAGUACGAAACCCGCGCCGACCUAUAAUAUGCCAAUGUCGUCGUCAUCCUCUGCAACACCAGCGCCUUCAACAACAUCGACAGGCAGUAAUAACAUUGCAAUAUCAUCUCCGCUUUUGGUCAAUCUGCUGCAAAACGACGGUAAUGCGUUAUCGAGUCAAAUGAAAUCGCCCCAGCUGACGACGCCAACGACACCACAGUCGCCCAUUGUGAGCAUGAGUCCAAGUGCUCAAAUGAUGAACUCUAGCUCACCAAUGCGUUGCUCUUCGGCCACGCCCAGUGAUUUUGUCAUGGGAACAACAGGUGCGCCGCAUGACAAUGGUAAUGUGCCUAGUCCGGUAGUGCCAUCCUCUCCAACAGGUGGCGGCCCCGUAAUAAUGCGAAAUAUGCCGAAUCACCAACAACAGCAGCAACAACAACAACAACAACAGAUGCUGCUCAGUCCCAGUAGUAACGCGAAUCUAUAUAACCAAGUUCCCGCACCCCAUAGAUUUCAGCAUGCGGUCGCACUGCGCCAUCAGCAGCAACAGGUUCAUCAACAGCAGCGCCAUCACCAAAUGCAAGGCAUACAUCAGCGAUUCAUACCACCCCAACAGCAGCAACAGCAACAGCAGCAGCAGCAGUUUCUUGGGCAGCAACAGUCAACUGAUUGCUUUACUAAUAUAAACCUGCAACAGUCGCAACAGCAGCAGUUGAGGCAGCAGCAAAUCCGAGCCGGUCUACCACCACCACAUCCGCAGCAACAUCAGCGACUUAUGAGCAUGCCAUUGUCUUCGCCCCAGACGCAGCAGUUUAUGUCACAUGGUGGCGCCUCGCCCAUUGCCCAUUCACCUGCCUCCAGUCAUCACUCGAUGCACAGUCCGCUAAUGGGCAAUCAUCAGGGUCCACCUCCAUCGCUGCUUUCGCCUUCGACGACACCCAAAAGCCCACAUUCGCAGCAGCUGACACAGCUUCAGCAGAAACAAAAAGAGAUGACGCCAAUCUCAAAUAUGCAACAUGCUAACCUUGUACCUGUAGCUGGCGCGGGCAAUGCUCAGCUGCCACCACCGCCUGACUACAAUCAGGCAGCGGCGAAUUCGCGCUGGCCCGCGCUUAACAAACCGAUGGAUUCGGUUACUAAGAGCAGUUUCCAGGAGUUCACACGCUAUCAGAUGCAAUACAAUCUGCAGCAACAGCAAAUUAAUUUAGGCAACGGCCCAGCGCAGACUACGACGGCAACUAAUACCGGCGACAUGGUGCCACCGGGAACGGUAACAAUAUCGGGUACCGGGCAACGUCAGCAGCAACAACAGCAACAGCAGCAGCAGUUAUCGAUGCCAACGCAACUACAGCAAUUAGUGCCACAGCAARCGCAGAAUGUGACGAAUGUUUCAAACGUUGGUCAUGGCCUAAAUGAUCCAUUAAUAUCGUUGUCUGACCUGGAGGCCUUAACAACCAACGACUUGGACGCUUUACUGCCAACUCUAAACUGUGAUCUAGACUCAACGCUGAGCCUUGAGGAUAAGAACGAACUCGAAUCGUUGCUUCAGGAUGCUAAGGACUUAGACUUGGACUUAAUCGAGGAUAAUUUGUCUGCGGUCGGUAUGGACGUUGGAGAUGCGUUGAGCACGCUGCAGGAUGCGUCUGGUUGUAUAGAUCAAUCACAGCCACAGUCCCAGCAUCAGCAGCAACAACAAACUCAAAUGCUGGACAUGCAGUCAUUCAACCAGCAGCAAUUAUUGCAGCAACAGCAACACCAGCAUCAACAGAGACAACAGCAAUUCAAUCAAUUGCAACAACAACAGCAGCAGCGACAACAGUUGCAGCGCCAAAUUCAGCAGCAACAAGUGGCGCACCGCACCCAACAACAACAGCAACAACAUCCACUUCAAAUGCAACAGCAACAACAGCAGCAGCAACAACAAGUGGAUAAUACAGGGGCACAAGCUGCUGCCCAAAAGAAACUGGCGCAAUUGCAGCAACAACAACAACAACAACAGCAGCAGCAACAACGUCAAGGAAAUAUGCAGCAAAAACAAUUCAUUAUAAAUCCUCACACCGGUGACAUGGAGCCCAUGGCUAGUGACGAUAGUGAUACGGAGGCUGAGCAGGAAACAACACAAUUGCAAUUUCGCAGCAUGUCAAGUAGCCUGAGCGGUUAUGCGGGCUUUAAUCCUGCAAACGAUAUGAUGCUGCCGAACAACCUAUUUUCCGAGGAAGACUCAAACUCUGCAAUGUCUAGUGGUCAACAGCUUCCGCUGGCGGGCAGUGAUCAGGAGAGAUCACGUGAUUCGAUGGCCUCGAACAAAUCAGCAUCGAAUCGAUCGAGGAAAAUGCCACAGCUUAAGCUAAACCAUAACAAUCAGAAUCAGCAACAGCAACAGCUUAACCAGAAGCUGCAAAUGUCUAACUCAGGCCAGCCCAUGCAAAUGCAACAGGUGCAAAUGCAGUCAACCACACCAACCGGCGAUUCUCCUCGAUCGGGCAACAGUUCUCCGUUGAUUGGCACGAUCGGAACUACCAUUGGCAAUAGUAAGAAAGCUAAGCCGAAUCUUCUGCGGGAGAAAUUGCAGCAGGGCGUGAAAGAACGGAAAGCCAAAGACCCAACAACACCGGCUACUCCAAAGGCGAAGCGGGAACGUGCUAAGGGCAAUGCUAGAGCCAAGGCAGCAGCUGCAGCAGUAACGGUGUCUAAUUCAUCGACUGAGGACGAAAAAAUCAAGCUGCGAUUAAAAGUAGAGAAAGUUGAUUUGCAACAAGCGUCAUAUGAGCAUCAGCAUGUUCAACUUAAUGCCAUAAUGGACAGUAAUCACUUGCAGCAGCACCAACAACUGCCGAUGCAAACACAAAUAGUGGCUCUACCUACGUCGCAGCAACAACAACAGCAGCAACAACAACCGCAGCAACAACCGCAGCUACAACAACAGCAGCAUCAGCAACAACAGCAGCAUCAGCAACAUCAGCAACAACAGCAGCUUCAACAACAACAGCAGCUACAGCAGCAACAACAGCAAAAUCAUCAGCAACAGCAGCAAAAUCAGCAGCAGCAAAAUCAGCAGCAACAACAGCAACAGCAAAAUCAAAACCAUACUGUGUACAGUAAUUUCCAGAAUCAACAACAAAUCGGUCAACAGCAAACUAAUGCUGCAGGGCUGAGUGAGCCACGCGUGCCGCCGCUGCAGAUUCGCCUCCGGGGCAAAAACUCUGUGGUUGUAAAGAAUACACGCAAGGAGCGCAAGAAGGCACCAACAUCGGCAGAGGAGGGUCAAAAAGCUCGGCAAAUAAAGCGCUCCUUUAGCGAGCAGGAGGCACAACAGCAGCAACAGCACGCAAUCGAGGGUGCGCCGGAAAGCAAGCAAUCUAAGCUAGCGCCUGUGCCGCAUGUCAAUGGAUUACCAAGCUCUGGUAUUAUAUUGCAAAAGGCACCGCAAGCACCGCCUUCGCUGCCGCCACAACCAGUUCAUCCAGCGCAACAAUUGACAACAGGUGCUAAGACCACAACUAUAGUAGCCGGCAAGAACGGGCUUACGAUCAGUGCCAUUGUGGAGGCGCAUAAGUCGCAGGCCGGGGAUGGACAGCUGGCAACUGUUGGGUCUACGAACACUGGCACGGCGACAACACUGCAGCAACAACAACAGCAGCAACUGAGCAAGAUUGCAACCUCGCUGCCAAGCAGCAUCACUCUAAGUGCAAUCACAAGCACCACAACCACCAACAACAACAAUAAUAAUAAUAAUAGCAACAAUAAUAACAACAUUAACAGUAGCAACAGCAGCAGCAACAACAGUCGCAUGCUGGGCAACAUAACACUGAAGAACCCAAUUAAGACUGCAGCUACCAUCACGCCGAUUGUGGGUGGAAAGCCAAUGACAAAAAACCAUAAGCCGCCGCCGCCAUAUAUGACCGCUGUGCAACAGGUGCAUUUACAGAAGCAGCAACAGCAGCAGCAGCAGUUACAGAAGCAACAACAGCAACAGCAGCUACAGAAACAGCAACAGCAGCAUCAGCAACAACAACUGGCGGCGGCCGUAACCAUGCUGCCAAGUGCGACAACGCUCAAGCGUGUCGAGAUCACCAAAUUGGCGCCAAGCAGCGCCGAUACAGCAACAAUAACAGUCACCACACCCUCACCAUCCACGCCAACAGCGACAGCAACAUUGUCAAUGCUUGGGGAAAGAAAACUCCCAGUUGCAAUUUCGAUGAACUCCAACUCGAUGCUCAAUAACAAUGUCAGUGAGAAUGCAAUUAGUAAUACGAAUGUACCCAUCAUGACACCGGCAAAUCCAAAAUUAAAUCAUGUAGCUCUGCAAACUGUAGUCAAUUCGCCAGGCGUCACGUCAUCCCCAACACCAACACCGACUACGGCUGCGGCGGCUGCGACGCCAACACCAGCAUCUGUUCUCGCGAACACGCUGCGCAACUCACCGGCGAGCAACGGCAGCGGCACUCCCGGCCACGGCAACAAUGGCGGCGGAGAAGACAGCGGCAUUGAGUCUAUGGAUGCGCUCUCUGAAAAGAGUCCACACCAGCAAUCAUCCAGCAGUCCCAUACAAAUGCAACAGCAAAUGAUCACGAAGCAAGCAACAAGUUCAGCCUGCACAUCGACAACAAUAACGCAAUCUUCAUCAGUUGCAACACCGGUGCAGACACCGAGCACGGGCAACAGUAAACUUCAGCAGCUACAGAACGCCGAUGAUGAAAUCGAGAAGGCGCUUGCCAAAAUGGAGGGCGAAUUCGCGGAGGAAUUCGUAGCCACAGUGCGAAAGGAGGACACUGCGUCCAGCAUUGGAGGUGACUUUCAUUUGACAACAACCAGCACUAAACUGAAUGGGGAGCAUGAUAUAUUCGAACACGAUGAUCUCAUCAAGAAGCUGACGGACAAUUUAGAAUCGGAGGAUACGAAAAAGCCGUUGCCCACACCAGCUACUGACGCGAUAGUAGCGACCGUAGCGGAGCCAAAUCCGGAUAGUAAGAUCAAAAUAGAAAACAUUAAACUGCAGGAGCUGCCUACGGUGCUGCCCACUAAAAAGGAGGCUGCAGAAGUGGAUAAUCGGCAAACGACUCCAUCGACUGCUCCUUCUAUUAAACAGGAACCCGAGCCCGAAAAAAAUCUCGCAUCUACCCCGGCUAAGGAGAAUGAGGUAGUCGAAGAGAAAGAAAAGCCUCAGACGGAAUCCCUGCAACCCAUAUCCAUUGAGAUUCCCCCUCAGUUGGACUCCGAAACGCCACGAAUUAGAACUCGUGCUACCAGUCGUCUAGAGAGUCCAUUGGAUGCUCAAAAGAGCAGCCCAGAAGCGCAACAGACAACUGUAGUUGUUACAACUACAGCGACGACGGCAGCAACGACAGCGACAGUGUCGAACAGAAGCGCAACCAGGGUCGCGUCGAUUCCGAGUCCCCGAUUGGGAACGACGGCUCCAAUGCAUAACAAUAACAAUAAUAGCAGCAGCCUGAAGCGUCGUCGGCAGGAGUCGGAGUGCGGCAGCAGCAAUGACGGAGCUAACGAUGCCAACCUUCUCAUUGAGACUAGCAACAGCAACAAGCGCACGCGUAUCAGCAGUGGCAGCAGCAGUGGCAACAACAACAACAAUAAUACCGCUGAGGCCACAGAGUCAACGGGGCUAAAUUACAUGCACUCCAAAAAGAUUGAGAUCGAAUCUUCUGACUCGGACGAGCCCCUGAUUGAGGUAGCGGGCAAGGUGCGCAAUUCGAAGGCUCAAGUUGAGGAAAAGCACGUGACGCGACGAAACGCCCAGCAACAGCAGCAGCAGCAACAACAAAUUAUUCCUGGUCUUUUUUCAGAAGCUCCCAGUUUGAGUACAACACCCACGCAGGCACAGAAGACUGGCAAAUCACAGCCCAUUGCAGCAAAYAACAAUAAUAAUAAUAGUGCGACCUUGCAGACGGUCAGCAAUGCGGCGAUAGCGGGGACGUCAAGCAACAGCAAUAGUAGCACAGGUGUAGUGCACGCAACACGUGGUGCAACAGCAGCUGCUGCCACCAGUGGCACCAGCAACAACAGCAUUUCUAAUAACAACAACAUUGUGAACGCCAAUUCGCCAACAGACGAAAAGAUUGGAACGAGGAGGAGCGUAAGGGCGAGCGCUGCAGCUAACAAGAUAAUAUAUAGUCGCAGCAAUGCGGCCGCGGCUGCUGCUGCAGCUGCUGAGCAUAAAAGUACUCCAAGUAAAUCAGCAGCCGGUGCUGCCGGAGUAGUCAGUGGUGUCAACAGCUCAAAUGCGAACGCCAGUUCCGAGAGUGUGGCUGAAGCGCGGCGAAAGACGCGCAGUGCAGUUAUUGGUGAAGCUACGUUGACCGAGGGACGAAGAAGAAGGACUUCGCGUGAUUACAAGUGACCAGAGUUUUGCGCCUUGGCUAAGGGAAUUAACCAUACGAGCGAUGCUGAAGAGGACGAAUUAAUUAAGCUGAUCGAACUGGAUACUGCGGAUCGGUUUGAUAUCAGCACCAGUUUCCCAUUGGCCCAGGCGCAAAACGUCGAAGGAGACGUCGACCAGAAUAGCAGCAUUAAUAUCGAUAUUGGAGAUAUAAAAGAGGAUAUCGUGAAUAUAUCUUCAGCGCUGACACUCAUCGGAACAACAGAUAAAAGCGCCCUUGAUUACCUGGAAGAGGAGGGAGAUGAGGCCGAUGAUUUGCAACUGAUGACGUAUCAGAACAGCAGCGAAGUGGACGCUGAAGUAAAUGUGGAUGCUGUUAGCUUACUCAUGCCAGAUCUGAGCAAUGCCACAGGCCUAGACUGUGGCAAUUUUGUCGACUACGAUGAAUUCAACAUGUGUCUGAACAACAUUCUGAGCGAGAAGGAUGAUCAGGAGCUCAUGGACUGCGAUGCAAGCGGAAGUGCAAAUAUAAAUAGUGGCAGACACCAUCAGCAGCAGCAACAACAGCAGCAAUGGCGUGACGUCAACGAAGUGCUCAACAUUGUGCCGCUGCGAUUUCAGGAGUUUGCAACAGAGGCAAGCAUCACAGGCGAUGAUCGGUCCGUGAGCAGUAGCUCCUCGCAAAUGGCAUAACGGCGUCGCUUUGAUAACCGAUUGUUCAAAAUGCUUAUUUCUGCAGUUAUGUAAAUAGCUUAAACUCACAUACAAACAAACAAAACAGACAAAUGCCAAUUCUUUCGUUUGUACAAAGGUUUUGUAAAGGUUUUUUCCUUGAAUAUUUUUGUAUAGUUAGUUGUAUUCAAAGGUUGCAAUAAUGUUGCAUCUCAAAACGAGCAGCAUCACACUCACACACACAUAUAUAUAUACCCAUGUUUCACUUAAUUUUUAAUUCGAAACUUCUCUCUGCUUAUGUAGCACUACUUUCCAUAAAUCCAAAUCCAAAUAUCCCUUGGUUAAUAGAUUUACUAGUCAAGUGAAACAGACAAUUUGUGUAAAGAUCAAAAACAUUUAUUGAACAAAUUAGUUGAAAAUUAUACACAUGCAAAAUUUAUACAAAAAUAAUAAAAUAAACAAAAAAAAAAAAACACAAAAAUAGUAGUUAACCCCGACACCUUGCUCUAUGACGCAUGCGUAUUUUCAUUUUCUCAUCUAAGCAAUUGUAUAUACUUUAGACCUAAUUCAAAUAGAUGAAACACAGUUAAACACAUUUUUUAGAAAAGGUAAAA